CCGUCAGCACUGGUUACCACAUGGUCUGUGGUGAUCAGCUGACUCUGGCGGAGGAGGAAGAGGAGUAAAGAUGGAGGGGAACAGGGACGAAGCGGAAAGAUGUAUAGAUAUAGCGACGAGGGCGCUCGAAGCCGGCGAUAAAGAGAAAGCGUUGAGAUACCUGAACAAAGCAGAGAAGCUGUAUCCCACUGUCAGAGCCAAAGCUUUGUUGGAUGCAUUACAGAAGAAUGGCAGCUCAGCGGGUAAUGGUGCAUAUCGUCGGCGGCCAACAGAAAGCGCAGAUUCCCAGUCAGAAAGGAAAAGUCAAGAGUCUGGAGGAAGUGACUUGGCUAAAGCCUUCACCAAAGAGCAGGUCGAGGGAGUGCAAAGAAUAAAACGGUGUAAAGACUACUAUGAAGUUCUGGGGGUCAAUAAAGAGGUCAAUGAGGAGGAGUUAAAGAAAGCCUACAGGAAACUAGCACUCAAGUUCCAUCCAGACAAAAACCACGCACCAGGAGCAACAGAGGCCUUUAAAAAGAUCGGUAAUGCGUACGCAGUGCUGAGUAACCCAGACAAAAGGCGACAGUACGACCUGACGGGAGGGGAUGAGCCGAGCAGCCCGGGUCACUCGCACGGAGGAGGCUUCGACUUCCACAGGGGCUUUGAGGCCGACAUCACUCCUGAAGACCUCUUCAACAUGUUCUUUGGAGGAGGCUUUCCCUCCUCAACUGCACACACCUUCACCAACGGCAGAACUAGCUUCAGCCAUCAGGCGGAUUACAGACAAGAGAGAACAGAAGAAAGAGGAGAUGGUGGCUUCUCAAUGUUUAUCCAGCUGAUGCCCAUCGUGGUUCUGAUAGUAGUGUCAAUACUGAGCCAGAUGAUGGUGUCCCCUCCACCCUACAGUCUCUACUCCAGACCAUCCACGGGUCAGACAGUGAAACGGCAGACAGAAAACUUGCGCGUUGACUACUACGUCACAAGAGAUUUUAAGUCGGAGUUUAAGGGCUCGGCGAUGCAGCAAAUUGAGAAAAGUGUGGAGGAGGACUAUGUAUCUAAUGUUAGAAAUAACUGUUGGAAGGAGAGACAGCAAAAAACAGACCUGCUGUAUGCUGCUAAGGUAUACAGGGACGACCGAAUGCGCAAGAAGGCAGAACUUAUGACCAUGGAUAACUGCAGGGAGCUGGACAGACUAAACAACCUAUUCAGAGGAGGAUGAGUUAGACCCUUUUAGAUCACGUUAUUGUACAGAAUAGAUGUGUAUGUUCAUGUUUUUUUUUAAGAAAGAGUCUUAACUCUAGGAGCAAAAACUUAAAGAAAUAAGUUCAAAGUUAAAAAAUGUCCAUUCUCUCAUAUCCCCCUUCCAACUCUCUUUCCUCACUCCAGCCUGACCCCAGGAAUCGCCUUGUUACUUCACAAUGAAACAAUCUACUCACACUGUAGAACGCCCCAGGCCUUCUCGUUUUUUUUUACUCUCCUUUUCUUGUGUUUUCCUAGAAACAAGGACACUUGAUUGUAAAGGCAUGUACUUUUGAGUAAUAAGAACCCCAGAGACAUUCUUCACAAUUAAUUCACUGUCAGCUUUCAGCAUCAUCUGCUUGAGGUAAAUAUAAGAUGGGACACUUUGUAGGUUUGUCUGGUGGGGUUGACCUCCAGCCAAAUCCAUUUCUUGAAGGACACAGGAACAAAUGAAGAAAAAAAAAAGCAUCUUUUAUCCUUCCACUCUGUUCCAAAUGUGAGCAAAGAUCAGUAGAUCAUCAAUAAAUACCUGUGAUUUUGCUACAAGAGAAUAUUUUAUGAUUACUUCAACAUUUGAAGUUGGGGCUUAACAUGGAAGGACGUUUAAGCUGUUCAUAAAUGGUUGUACAUUUUAAUUUUUGAAUGUUUUGAAAUUUAUGCAGUUAUUUAAGAAACUAUAGAGGAAAGAAAUUUUUCUUCAGUGCUCGCCUAAUCAUUUAAAUAAAGUCAAAUUAUUACAAUAGA